ACGGACGUGGGGCCAAAGGGGUCUGACUUGGGGCUGCCGCCUGGUUCGUAGGUGGGACAGAUGUCGGGAAGCGACCUUCGACAGUCGUGUGGCCUGGUGUCCUCCACCUUCUUGGUGCUUUCCCUUUCUGCCACCCCUCGCACUAGCAGGCUGUGGGCCAGACGGGGCCCACAGGCGGGGACAGAAGACUAAGCACAUGGACUGGAAAUUGGAAGGGAGUGCUCGGAAAACAGACUCACGCGUGCUGCAGGAGCAAGAAGUCAUCCUAGAGGACACAGGUGAAGACAGCAUCUCUGAAAGCUUCCAGCUUCUACAGAUUGAUGUGGAAUGUGAGCAUCUGGAGGGAGAGACACUGCCCACAGGCAGUGCAAUGUGGUGCUCAAAAAAUGUCCAAAGAAAACAGAGACACUGGGAAAAGAUAGUUGCAGCAAAGAAGAGCAAAAGAAAGCAAGAAAAAGAAAGAAGAAAGGCCAAUCGUGUAGAAAAUUCAGGCAUCUGCCCCCGGCACAGCAAACGUUUUCUGAGAUCCUUAACCAAGGAGAGACUUUUGGAAGCCAAACGCUCAGGACCAAGACUCUGUAUUGAUUUGAGUAUGACCCACCACAUGUCUGAGAAGGAGUUAAGUAGACUGGCUGGACAGAUCCGAAGGUUGUAUGGUUCAAAUAAAAAAGCUGACAGGCCAUUUUGGAUCUACCUCACUGGAUUCACAACAGACAGUCACCUGUAUGAAGAGUGUUUGAGGAUGAAUGAUGGAUUUUCUAGUUACCUGCUAGACAUAACAGAGGAAGACUGCUUUAGUUUAUUUCCUCUGGAAACCCUUGUGUACCUGACUCCUGAUUCAGAACAUGCUCUUGAAGAUGUUGAUCUAAACAAAGUUUACAUCCUUGGUGGACUUGUGGACGAAAGCAUCCAGAAGAAGGUGACAUUUCAAAAAGCCCAAGAGCACUCUGUCAAGACAGCCCGCUUGCCAAUCCAGGAAUACAUGGUCAGAUGCCAGAAUCGGAAAAACUAUCAUUCAGAGAUCUUGGCCAUCAAUCAAGUCUUUGAUAUCCUAUCUGCAUACUUUGAGACUCAAAACUGGCCUGAAGCAUUGAAGAAAGGAGUUUCUUCCAGAAAAGGCUAUGUUCUUCAGAACUCAGUGGAGUGAUGGACAGACAGCCUAAGAAGUUGCAGGGGUGGGGAAGUUGCUGAAGGUGCCUUGACCGAAAAAUGGAGCAGAGGGUGGCAAUGGCACACACUUGCCUUUACUUGACAUUUUGGAUCUUCACUAGAAUAUAAGUUACUAAUAACAGGGACCACAUUUUACACUCUUUUCUAUCUCCGAGUGCCUGGCUCACAGGAAGAGCCCAGAUAUAUGACUAAGUAAAAAGUUUACAUAACCAGGAAUUAGCCCAAAACUACAUGGCUUUGGAUGUAUUAAUUCAUCUUUUAUAUACCUAUUUGUGAAAUACCUAUUCUUUAGAGAUAGCUUAAAUAAUUAAAUAAUUAUUAUUA